AUGGAGUUCGAGUCUCAUCCAGUCAUGGAGUCUGGCAAGCUCGGGAGUCGAUUCAAGGUACAUGCGUUUGCCUCUUCAGAGUACAUCUCCAUUCUCGACAAUAGAGUGAACGAAUUGAAGACCAAUGGUCUGGAUUAUGGAGCCAUCGACAAUGGUAUUCAAGUCCGCGACUAUACCGAGCUCACUUUUGAUGUUCCCGACAACACCACGCUGGUCAAUGUGACGGGCCCAUUGGGAGGAAACUUUAGUUGCUACGCUGCGCUCAAGCCUGCGCCUGAAUGGUGGAAGAAUGAUGGUCCCCCUCUUUUGGGGGUCCAUAUCAACUGUCGAUGGGAGGCGACAGCAACACUUCCGCUAUCUGCAACAUUGGCGGUGUCACCUCUUACUCGUACUUCUGGUGAGUCAGCCUUAAGAGGCCACGCUGACAGCAGGAAACGGAACGACACGGGCCCCGUCACCCCGACUCAGUCUGUAGUGGAAACAUCACAGACGUCGCAGCCAGCAACGAUAGGCCUGCAGCGCAAGGGCAGCUCUCCGACCGGAGCCAUCGUCGGCGGCGUCGUGGGCGGCGUCGCCGGAUUGCUAUUGAUUCUACUCGGUUCGUGGUGGUUGCGGCGUCGCCGCAAGUUGGCCGCCGACGACGAUGCCAGUGUCGUCGAUGACACUGCCCGCGCCCACGAGCCCGCAAGCGAUUUCAAGGGUGAUCCUCCAGUGCUCGCCCCGGUCUUGCGCAACGAUCUCUCCUUUAGCACCACCUCGCUCUCCGACCAGGCCACUACGGUUAACGCCGUAUCAGCGAGCUCCCAUAUUGGGCCUAUCUCUGAGCAAAAGCCGAAAACAACGCCCGGCCCCAGCAUACCCAGCACUACCUCUCCCCAUAGUGGAGGUCCCCAUAGUGGAGACUCGCCUCCCUCCUCGCCAUUGGUCCAGUAUGCCGAGGACGCCGAGGACGCAGCUCCGCGACGCCGCGAGCCCCUCAUUCUCCCUCCGCGGUACAAGGAGGCGUGGGGCCGUCCACGGGUGCUCCCAGAGUCAGAGGACGGUACAGGCGUCUUUAGGGCGGAUGAUGGCGGCAGCAAGGCCGAGCCGUAG